UGGAAAAGAGUGUCAAAGAUUUACUACAUUGCUAUGUGAAGUCCUAAUUUUAAAGAUAGUCUUGUGUCUUCUAGGAUCAGAUCUUCUCAUGUCAGACCAGAUGCAGACAGUGUUGGGGAACUUGCAAAAUGAAUAAUAGUCAGAAUGUCAGUUGGGUCAGAUAUUAAGCAUAUAGGUUACUGAUACUCUAAUAAGAGUAACUCUCAACAGAAUGCUUAAAAGGGACCAUCAACAUUAAGUGUUACCAAAUGUUUUGUUUUGUUUAUUGGAUCUUGACAGCUUCAGUCCUCAUUCACUUCAGUUUUUCUAGCUCCAGUGAGGGAGAAAAGUGGGCGGAGAAACAUGAUCAUGUGACUACCAAAUAAAGUUGAACUAAUUUGCUUCUUCCAGGAAAAGCUCUCAUUAAAACAUUCCCAAAUGCAGGCAGAAAUCAUCACAAACCACAUGAAAUGAACAUGAGAGUUGUCUUCAAGAGUCUGUUGUUUUUACUGGGGUUUUUCUCAGUUCAAACGAAGGGAGGAACUGAAGUGAACAUAGCAACAUGGGGCAAAGCUAAUCAAUCGACACAGGCCUACAACUGGUAUCCCUCAAACGCACUGGAUGGGAAAAACUCCACCUGCACUCAUACAGAUGUACAGAGUGACCCGUGGUGGAAGCUGGACCUGAUGAAGACGUACAGUGUGAACAGAGUGACCAUCACUAACAGACACGACUGCUGUAGUUACAGGAUAAACGGGUCAGAGAUUCGGGUUGGAAACAAUUCUUCAGAUCUUUUCAGAAACCCUGUAUGUGCUGUAGUUUCUUCUAUUCCAGCAGGAGCUACCUACAGCUACUCGUGUGGUGGGAUGAAGGGACGUUACGUUACUGUGAAUAUUCCUGGAACUUCAAAGAUUCUGACUCUCUGUGAAGUGGAAGUCUAUGUGAUUUUUCCAGGUAAUUCAGAGCCACAAAGCAAAUGUCUUCUGGCCCAGAUCCGGGCCAAACAAUCACUUUUUCCUCGUCCCAAGUGCCGCAAAGAAUGAUGGUCCUGAAGUGGCC